CCCAUGCCCACUUCCACAGAUGAAAGAAUAAAGAUGCGGGUUGCAACUAGGCACAUUUUGUCAACUGCGCCGUCUGUAAUACUUGCAUGCCACCCAAGCAUACUAAUCUUUUGAUCAAGCAUCCAAUUCCAGCACAUCCUUAUCGAACACCUCCACCACUGUCAAGGUGUUUGUUCGUACCCCCAUUGCUCAAAUACAAGGUCCCCCAACUAGGGAUUUGUGGCAGCACUCUGUCUCCCGGUGUGCGGCCAUCCAAGAGAGGAGGAUCCUCCCUGCGACCCCGCACGCAUCUCUGCUUCGAAUCUCCCCGCCGGCCAGACAAGGCAACAUCGUCUAACAUGCCUCAGCUACAGCACCUCGCCAAGCGGAACUGCUACGAUGGGUAUGGGAACAACAACAGCAUCUACUGCCCCAUGACCACCACUGCAACAAUCGGAAUCAUCCUCGGAGUCAUCUUCAUCAUCUUCUUGUUGUUCGUCACCAUUUUCCGCAAGAUGCGCUCGCGGCGCCAAAGCGGCAAUGCGUCGGCGCAGCCCAUGUUCCAGACAGCACUACCACAGUACCAGCAGCAGCAGCCAACCGGCGGGUGCCACCCGCAGCAGUCGUACCAGCAAGGCUACAGUGGCCAAGGCUAUAGCGGCAACCCGUACGCGGCAGGCAAUCUGAGGGGAGCGGGAUCGACAUUCGCUGCCGACGAGAAUUACAACAACACCAAUGGCCCCAAUGCCACCACCUACCCGCCACCGAGCGGAGCGCCACCCGGCAUGCAAGACCCAGCAAUUUAUGCCCCACCACCCAACCCGCCGCCACCUGCGUACCCAGGUCCGGCCGAAGCGACCAAGGCGUGAUCAACCGCAUGCUUUUCCUUUUUCCCGAUGUCGACCCCUGGAUACCUUUUUUCUCGACCUUGUUUGUUUGCCGUUGUUCCUUUCUUGGUCCGACGCAUCACUGAAAAGGCCAUGGGCACGGCCAUGGCGCUUCGAUUCAUUGCCCGGCCGAGUAGACGGGUGCACGGACGAACGGAGCGACGACAGCGUUUGUACAAUAGCUAUCGCAAUACGCAAGUAAGCCUCCGCCCAGCAUGAUGGAU